GGGAUGACCGCUUCGUUGCUUACACAAGCCCCCUGCUGGCUAACCUCAUCGAGGGAGUCAUCAAACAGGUGGACAGUCCCAAACACCCGGGACAGACCAUCCACUCCCAGCUGCUGAGACAGGGACGACACUGGAAGAGCGAGAUAGUGAGAGCCCUGUUUCUGAACAGUGGCGCUUACAGCUUCACUGCAUUUGGGGGCGUGCCAGCGAUGGAGAUCAGCUUCACAGAGGACUCCCGCCCGUACCCCUUCCUCAACACGGAGCUGGAUACCUUUGAGAACCUGCAGGUGGCGCUGCAGGGCAGGCUGGGGGUGCUGGGCCGUGCGGCCGCGGAGAUCGCGGGGUUGAUGGCGCUCAGACUUGCCCACGACCGCAUCCUGCCCCUGGAGUACUCGUGCUACAGCGAGAGCACCCUGCAGUUCAGCGCACAGCUAAACAAGUACAGCAAGGAGCUGCAGUCCCGCGGUCUGACCCUGCAGUGGAUCUUCUCCGCUCGCGGGGAUUAUAACCGCGCCGCGGACGAGCUGCGCAGAGCCAUCCUGAACAGCGACGAGAGCGACGAGAGGCUGGUGCGUCUGUACAACAUGAGGAUCACGAGGGUGGAGUUCUACUUCCUGUCCCCGUACGUGUCCGCGACGGAGACGCCGUUCCGUCACAUCCUGCACGGCCGGGGGCCCCACACGCUGGGGGCCCUGCGGGAGCACGUGGCCCUGCUGAGGGACGAGCCCGCCCGCUUCGACGAGGCCAGAUUCCGCAGGCAGCUCGCACUGCUCACCUGGACCCUGCAGGGGGCAGCAAACGCACUGAGCGGGGAGGUGUGGGACAUCGACAACGCCUUCUAGAGAGAGGAGGAGAGUGUGUGUGUGUGCGUGUGUGUGUCAGUGUGUGUGUAACAGUGUGUGUGUAACAGUGUGUGUGUGUGUGUAAGUGUGUGUGUAUCUGUAUGUCUGUGUGUGUUUGUGUGUGUCUGUAUGUGUAUCUGUGUAUGUAUCCGUGUGCGUGUGUGUCUGUGUGCCUGUGUGUGUGUCUGUGUGUGUUUAAGUAUGUCUAUGUGUGUGUGUCUGUGUGUAUCUGUAUGUCUGUGUGUGUGUCUGUAUGUCUGUGUGUCUGCGUCUGUGUGUGUGUCUGUAUGUCUGUGUGUGUGUGUCUGUGUGUGUGUGUGUGUCUGCAUGUGUGUGUCUGUGUGUGUGUGUGUGUCUGCGUCUGUGUGUGUGUGUGUGCGUGUCUGUGUCUGUGUGUGUGUGUCUGUGCGUGUGUGUGUGUGUCUGUGUCUGUGUGUGUGUGUGUGUCUGUGUCUGUGUCUGUGUGUGUGUGUGUGUGCGUGUCUGUGCGCGUGUGUGUGUGUCUGUGUGUGUGUCUGUGUGUGUGUGUGUGUGUGUGUGUGUGCGUGUGUGUGUAAUCUUGUGCAGUGUAAUUUCCUGCAGUACUGUGAUUCUGUUCUGUGUAGUUUGGUAGCUGCCGCAGUGCCCCCUGGUGGCUCUGUUGUUAAUUGCUUGUUAAUUCCUCAGUGGCUGAUCACGUGAUUCUUUUUUAUUGUGAUAAUGAAGCCGUUUCCGAUGUAGAGUAAUUAUCGGGAGCAGUGCCUUCCAUAAUUAUGACAGUUAUACUGUCGUCCAAUCAAAAAGCAGCAUCUGCUAACAAUGGGAAGUGAUGUCAGAGGGCAGGUGGGCGGGGCACAGCUGGAGGACCAAUCGGAAGCAAUGAGGUCACGGUAGAACUGCAGCAUGGUGUCUAUAUAAAGUCUGGUGCGCUGGCAUUGCCCGCUGUCUGCAGGGCAGAGCCUGACUGUGCUGUACACAGGGCAGUGCUGUAUGACAUCACAAAACCCCAUUUAUAUAACAAUCCCCCCUCGUGUGACCUCAUCACCUCUCCUCUGACGUCACAGUACGCUGCCAAACCAGUUUGUUAAUUGGAAACCAGCAGCACCAGUAAGACUUUUCAGGGAACUGGAAAACUCAGUAUAUUAUCGGGAACAGUGAGUCCCAUAAUUUAUUACUAUUGUCGUUAUUGAUAAUUACAAUUAUUGAUUACUGAUUUGUGGGCGUGCCUUUGAUUUGUUUGUAAGCUUUUUACUCCGCUGUUCCUAGAGCUCAGAGCUCCCCUCAAUGAAGCCUGUUAUUAUUAUUAAUAUUGAAAUGAUCAGGAGCCAGGAGUUUGAGCAGGGUUACAAACUCACACUAGCCCUGCUGCUGCUGCUGCUGCACCCAGUCCUGGGGUUCAGAGCUCCCCUCAAUGAAGUCUGUUAUUAUUAUUAAUAUUGAAAUGAUCAGGAGCCAGGAGUUUGAGCAGGGUUACAAACUCACACUAGCCCUGCUGCUGCUGCUGCUGCACCCAGUCCUGGGGUUCAGAGCUCCCCUCAAUGAAGUCUGUUAUUAUUAUUAAUAUUGAAAUGAUCAGGAGCCAGGAGUUUGAGCAGGGUUACAAACUCACACUAGCCCUGCUGCUGCUGCUGCACCCAGUCCUGGGGUUCAGAGCUCCCCUCAAUGAAGUCUGUUAUUAUUAUUAAUAUUGAAAUGAUCAGGAGCCAGGAGUUUGAGCAGGGUUACAGACUCACACUAGCCCUGGGGUUCAGAAGCCCCCCUGUUCAGUUUUAUUGUUGAAACGAUACUAACCUGCCUCUGUGUUGCUGCUGUGUUUUGCUCUGAAGUGUCUGAAUAAAUAAAUAUAUUACAGCAUUGAAA